ACAAAUAUGAUGCUAGAUGUUGCAAAAUCGGCACUUGAAGCUGUUAAACGAGUUAUUAAACAAGGACUUGUGUCAUUACAUUUCGUAUCAAGAUACGGCUUACAAACGUUGAUUGACGUAAGGAAUUGCCACUUUGAAAUUCAGCUUUCAACAAGUGAUUUGUCAAUAUUUGAUGUCAAAUGCGAAGUGAAUGCCUUCAAGACUGGUUUAAUAACCGUUGCCAUAAAAAUUAAUUUCAACGAUCCGAUCCAAAGUAUUUGGAACGCUGCGAAAGGAACAAUAGAGCUGAUCCUUAACAAAAUCGACAACGUUUUAUCUGACAGAAAACGGCGUGAUUUACGAGAUAAAUCAUUAACCGGUCUUUACACGGCGAUGAGAUUUGCCCGCAGUGCAGAUGCAGAAGAUGUAAACUUUGAAAUGUUUGCAAAUCAGACAUUAAAUGUUACUUUCAUUGCAUUUCCAAGGUCUAAUACUGGCCAACCGGAUGAGUAUACUUAUCGGAAGCAAAUGUUCGCUGACAAAUGCCUGCUGUUCACGCGUAUUCAUUUACUGUUUUAUAAUACGACGAGUACACUAUUGGAUUUGGUGCAUGACACUGCAACUAAGAUACAGAAUAUUACUUCUCUACAAGUAUCACUGCCGACUUUCAAUAUUCACAAUAUGGCAAGCAAUUUAUCCUUUGCAACUUUAGGCGUUGACCCAAACGUUGCCAAAGAUGAAUUCAACAUAAGUACUUCUGAACUAAACAACGCAAUUGACGACGCUAGAGAAAACUUUUCUACAGAUCCGCUUUUAGUAAACCUAGUAUCAUUUGCUGAGGAUGCUAGUACGUUUUUGGACACUGCAGCUGAGGGAGCAAACAAAAUAAUGAUCGUACACCAAUGGAUUGCUGCAAUAAAUAAUGUUACGAUCGAUUAUUUUGAUAACGACACCUGUGUUUCCUUUCUGGAUUGUGCUCACUACGCCAUCGCCGCCUUGUACGAACAGUAUAUGGCUGUAAAUAUUACAAACCAGACUGAAAUCCUGGACAGUGUAUCGCAAUUUGAAGAUACCUUUCUACUGUUAGUUGGCAACGGUUCCCAUACCAUCGAGGCCGUUGAUUUGAUGGCGAUAUCUUUAGUAGUAACAUUACAGAAAAUGAAACAGCACUACGUAUUUUGUUCCAAAGCUCCGGAAAUGCUUCAGCCUCUUCAAAACCUAACUUUGAACAAAGGGUCAAAUGUUUCACUCGUCUGCAACGCAACUGGCGACCCAACACCGAAUUUCUGGUGGUACAAAGAUGGGCAACUUAUUUUGGGUGAAAACAAGAUGCUAUUAUAUAUUUUAAACGCGGAGGGAAAGGAUUCUGCCGUAUACCACUGCAUUGCCGGAAAUUUAGUUGCAAAUUACACGUUUGAUGCGGCAUAUGUGAACGUUCUGGACACGAGAGAUGUGGUUCAUACUAAAGAAGUCAUCGAUAGAGAAAACGGUGUGGACCUAAAAGCAGUAUUGAUACCGAUAUUUCUUCUGCUGCCUUGCGCAGUUAUCACAGGCGUUUUGAUUUGGAGACAUCGUAACAGAAUAUUGGUCACAAAGACGGGGCAUGUGAUGAGCUUCGAAAACAGUACAUAUGAUACGAUCGGGGGUUCGCAAAGCGACAUUGGACUCCAAGACUCGAUCGGAAAGGAGAGCAACUCAUUAAUAGGCAAAUAAGAUGGCAAAUAAUUUGAAUACAACGAUUUCAUUGGUCUAU